AUGGCCGACUCCGACGAGGACUACGUGAACUCCUCCGUUGAUGAGGCGGUGCCCACACCGUCAGCCGCCGCGGCGCCGGCGGCCACAAAGGCGCGCGCCCGCCCGUCCAAAGCCCAAGAAGCAUCAACGUCACGGGCCUGCUUGAAGCCGGGAAGCGCAAGAGGCUGCUCAAAGACACGACACCCGCUGCAGCGCGGCAUCAUCAGACAUGUCAUGCUUAUCCUCGACCUGUCCAUCGCCAUGGCCGAGAAGGACUUCCGCCCCACGCGCUACCUCCUCGCGAUCCGCUACGCGUGCGACUACGUGCGCGAGUACUUUGAGCAGAACCCGAUCUCGCAGCUGGCCGUGCUGGGCAUGCGCGACGGCCUCGCCGUGCGCGUCAGCGACAUGUCCGGCAACCCGACAGACCACAUCGAGGCCAUCCAGAAGCUGCGCCUGGACGACCCCAGGGCUCCCCGAGUCUGCAGAACUAAUGCCCCGACGCACGGCACCCGCGAAGUAGUGAUCGUCUUCGGCGCGCUGCACUCCUCAGACCCCGGCGACAUCCACCAGACAAUCGCACACCUCGUCGCCGACAAGAUCCGCGUCAGCGUCGUCGGGCUCUCCGCCCAGGUCGCCGUCUGCCGCGACCGACUCGUGUCCAAGACCAACGCCGGCUCCACAAGCACCUACGGCGUCGCCCUAGACGACAAGCACUUCCGCGAGCUGCUCAUCGACACCACGAUCCCGCCC